AUGCUUGAAGAGCAUUUUCAGCAGAUCGGCUUAGAUAGCGACACAGGACUUGACCAGGCCUCGGAGCCUCUGCUCUUUAUCACAGCCCAGCUGUGGAGCUCCGAUAUCCCGCAGUCAUUGCCGCUGCAGACAAAAUACAAGGCCAAGGCGCACACAGACGGAUGGAACGAGUGGGUAAGGUUCCCGACGAAGUACAACGAACUGGCGGUGGACGCGUGCAUAAUAGUGACGCUCUGGCAGCAAGAGGCGCUGUGGAAGGUUGCACACUGCGGGACAUGCCGGAUCCAGCUGUUUGCAGAUGAUAGCGAACUGGUGCAGGGAAACCAAAGGCUGCAGCUGAUACCGAAAGAGCACACUGGUUUGGGUGCGGAGCCAUUGGAGUACGAUAGGUUGUUUGCGGCAGUGCGUCGAUACGAGGACGGGGAUAUGCAGAGAGUUGACUGGCUCGACACGCUGACCAUGCAGCGGAUUGAGGAGACUGAGACGACAGAGAGGAGGCAAUCAGGCAGGCUGUAUAUCCAUAUGUCGUUCCCCAAGUUUGAUUUUGCAGUAGUAUUUGGCGAGAGUACGCUAGAUGACCCGAUAACAAAGCUGACAGCACAGCCCAAAUACAGCCUGGUGUUUGACCCUGAAGCGUACCGCGACAACCCGUCCGAAACCAAGCACCGCAGACUGCUGCGCGGAUACCGCAGCGGACCCCUGGAUCGCGAGCUGAAGCCCAACGCAGCCUUGCGCGACCAGCUCAACACAAUCGUGCGGUAUGCGCCGAGCCAGCAGCUGACGGAUGCGGAAAAGGACCUUGUGUGGAAGUUCCGGUUCUACCUGGCGACGAACAAGAAGGCGCUGACAAAGUUUGUCAAGUGCGUGGACUGGCGCGAUCCGAUAGAGUCCAAGCAGGCGACAAAGCUGCUGGCGGAAUGGGCGGAGAUUGAUAUCGACGAUGCGCUAGAGCUGCUGGGUGCCGAGGUCACAGAUUACGCGGUGCGUGUGUACGCCGUGUCGAAGCUGCGCAAGGCGAAUGACGACGAGCUGAUUGUGUAUCUGCUGCAGCUGGUGCAGGCGAUUCGAUUCGAGUACCAGGGGGCGGGAGCUGCUGCGCCUGGCAGGCUGCAGCAACAGCAGAGUGCAGCAAAUCUGCACGAGUCGAGUCUGGCCGAUUUCCUGCUGGGUCGUGCGUUGCAGAACACGACUCUGGGCAACUUCUUCUACUGGUACCUGAUGGUGGAGUGCAAGGACCGGUCGAUGGGCAAGAUCUACGGCAAGAUUGUGUUCCAGUACGUUAAGGCACUGUCAGAUGCGCAGGCGGGUGCCAACACGCAGAGCACGUUUGAGCGGCAGAGCAAGCUGGUGGGCGACCUGGCGCGCGUGUCGGGUCUGGUGCAGCAGCUGAAGGAAACACGCACACGCAAGGUCGACUGGCUGCGGGCGUACCUUGCCGACCCCAGGCACGGGCUGAAUUCGUUCCCGGCGCUGUCGCUGCCGCUGGAUCCGUCGGUGCAGGUGGUUGGGAUCCAGGCGGACAAGGCCUCAGUGUUCAAGAGCACAAUGAUGCCGCUGUUCCUGCACUUUGUAUGCUCUGACGGGUCGCUGUAUCCGGUUAUAUUCAAGUCGGGCGACGAUAUGCGGCAGGACCAGCUGGUGGUGCAGAUCAUCACGCUGAUGGACCGGCUGCUGCGCAAAGAGAACCUUGAUCUGCACCUGACGCCGUACCGCGUGCUGGCGACGGGCGUCGACCAGGGGCUCUCUCAGUUUGUUGCGUCGCAGUCGCUGGCGGCAGUGCUGGUGGAGAACAACAACAGCAUUCUGGCGUACCUGCGGAAGACCAGCCCGGAUCCGUCGGCGCCCAACGGCGUGUCCCCCGAAGUCAUGGAGACGUAUGUCAAGAGCUGUGCUGGCUACUGCGUGAUCACGUACCUGCUGGGAGUGGGCGACCGACACCUGGACAACCUGCUGUUGGCGCCAGACGGCCACAUGUUCCAUGUGGACUUUGGGUAUAUCUUGGGCCGCGAUCCAAAGCCGUUCCCGCCGCCCAUGAAGCUAUGCAAGGAGAUGGUGGAGGCGAUGGGCGGCAUGGAGUCGGUGGCAUACCAGCGGUUCAAGUCGCACUGCUUUGUGGCAUUCAGCAUUCUGCGCAAGUCGGCGAACCUGAUACUGAACUUGUUCUCGCUGAUGCGGUACUCGGAUAUCCCCGAUAUUGCGGUUGCGCCCGACCAGGCUGUGGCCAUGGUGCAGGACAAGUUCCGGCUGGAUCUGUCAGAAGAGGAGGCGAUGCGGUUCUUCCAGACAUUGAUAAACGACAGUGUGCGCGCGCUGUUCCCACAGGUCAUCGAAACCAUUCAUAGAUGGGCGCAGUACUGGCGUGCAUGA